AUGAAUGACAUUCUAAAACGUGCUGGAAUGGGAGAAUGUAAAGAACUAUAUACUCCUAUUUCUACUUCGAAACUCGUGAUCAUUGAUACAGACUUGUACGAUGAUCCUACACAGUACAAGAGUCUGGCUGGUGCAUUACAGUAUUUAACUAUCACUCGUCCUGAUCUUUCCUUUGCAGUCAAUCAGUUGUGUCAGCACAUGCAUGCUCCUACAGUUUCUCAUUGGGAACAAUUAAAACGAGUUUUGAGGUAUGUUAAAGGAACUGUUUAUUUUAGUUUACGAGUCAGAAAGUCAUCUUCAAGAGAAAUUCAUGCCUUCUCUGAUUCUGACUAG